AUGGGAGUGGCUGGUGCAACUGCUGCAAAUGGAGGGGCAGGAGUAGUGGGAGGGAGAGAAGGAAGAGAUGAAGCAGCAGCCAUAGAAGGAAAAGAAGGGGUUGCAGCACUGGCUGGGGUGGCAGGGGCGGCAAUGCUGGCAGGGGUGGCAGUGAGCGGUGGUGUGUGGGGCGCGAGUGAGGGAAACGAGGGAGUGACGGAUGGAGAGGACGUGCGGAGGGGCGGUGAGGAGACAUGGAUAGGUGGGGAGGAGGACGAGAGAGAGGAAGAGAAGGCAGAAGUGAAGGACGACGAGGAGGAGGGAGAGGAGGAGGGAGAGAAAGAAGAAGAGGACGAAGGAAAGGAAGUGGGACUGGUAGUGAAAGAGGAAGAAGAAAAGGAGGGGGAAGGGACAUCUGUAGAAGCAGCAAGAGCGGAGGAGGUGGAGGCGACAGUGCAAGAAGGAGGGGAUAGUGAAACAGCAGAGGCAAGCGGGGAUGUUACGGCAUGCACAGAAGAACAUGGUGUGUUGAACGAGGAAUGGGCAGGGGGGCAGACUGGAGGGACAGAGGAGGAGGAAGUGGGAGUGGAGCAGGUCGAGAGGGUGGGGGAGGCCGUGGGGGAAGGGAUAGAAGGUGCAUUCGGGGAUGAAAUGGGGAGUAAGGGAGGAGAGAAAUUGGCAACGCAUGGACUGGUUAAUAUCAUUGAGGAUGCAGCGACAGUUGCUGUGGCAGAGGGUGGUGGGAUGUUGAUGGAGGGUAGUGGUGAUAUUCUGACAGAACAGCAGGGAGCAGCUGUGGAGGGGAGUGAUGGCAGGGGUGCGAGUGGGAAUGGGAGUGAGAGCGUGGAGGAGAGUGAAGGUGUGAAAGAGAGUGAGGCAGAAGGGAAGGAGGAAGAGGGUGACGCAGGUUGGGUGCAUGAGAGUGGCUAUGAGGGCGAGGGUCCAAGACGUGAGGGUGAGUUGGAGGAGAGGGAGAGCAGUGAAGGAGACGGAGAGGGAGGGAUAGAGGGAGAGGUGCAGGCGAGGGGAGAGGUGGAAGAGGGAGAAGGAGAGGUGAAGGGGAGUGGGGAGGUGGAGGAGGGUGCAGGCAUGGUAACGGAAGCAGGAGAGGCGGAGGAAGGAAACGACGAGAUAAAGGGAGAAAUGGAAGUGGAGAGAGAUGAGGAGAUAAAAUGGAAUGGAGAGGUGCAGCGAGAAGAGGAGGUGGAGAAAAGUGAAGAAGAGGAGCAGGGGAAAGGAGAGGCGGAAGAGGGCACAGGAGACGUGAUAGGGCAAAUGGAGUUGAAGGAGGGAGAAUGGGAGAAGGGAGAGGUGGGAGAGGUGAGAGAGGUGGGAGAGGUGGGAGAGGUGGGAGAGUGCGAUGGAGAGGUAACGGUGGAAGGAGAAAUGAAGGGGAUUGAAGAAGGGAUGGUGGAACAAAAUGAGAUGAUAAGGGGUGAUGACAUAGUGAGUGAGGUGCACGAGAUGACGGAAGAAGCACACGAGAUGAAAGAAGAGGCACAAGAGACGAAAGAGGAGACUCAAGAGACAAAGGAGGAGGUACAUGAGACAAAGGAGGAGGCGCAAGAGACAAAGGAGGAGGCAAAAGAGGAAAAAGAGGAGGCAGGAGAGACAAAGGAGGAGGCACAUGAGACAAAGGAGGAGCAGGGAGAGGAUGGAAGAUGCAGAGAGGAAGGGAAGCUAGAAGGCGAGGCAGAGAGCAAAGAAGAAACAGGCACAGAGACAGAAAGAGAAGAAGGGGAGAGUGGAAGCGAGGUAGUGGAGAGAGGAGGGGAGGCGUUAGGUGAGUCAGAGGAGGGGACAGGAGAGGAGGAGCACGGUGGGAAGAGUGAAGGAGAAGAGGCAGACAAAAUGGUGGUUGGUGGGGAAGGAGUGGGAGACACUGGAGUAAGAGACGCGGAGGAAGGUGCAAGUGAGCACGAGUGUGAAAGUACAGAAGUGAGUGAGAGUGGUGAAGUGUUGGUGGUGAUGGAAGGGGGAAGAGAGGGCGAGGGAGAGGGGGAGGACGUUGAAGAGGGAGUGGAGGGAGAGAAAGAGGAAGAGGAAUUUGCAGGAGCCUCAGGGGAAGAGGAGGUGGGUGUGAGUGCAGGCAGCACAGCAGAUGAAGCCACACAGAGCGCAGAAGGCAUAGAAGCCACUGUGGAGGGCACAGGCGUUACAGGGUUCAUGAGUGCCAAUGACAGUGCUGGCGGCACUGGUGGUGGUGGUGGUGGUGGUGGUGUGCCGUUGGUGCAGGCAGGAAAGACAUUGGGGAGUGACCGUGCUGGUAAAGAUGGUGCCAUGGGGGAGGAUGAGGAGGAAGGAGAUGAAUGGGAGGGCGUGGGGGCGAUGGCACGUGGCCCUGUUGGUGAUGGUGCUAAUGGCCCUGCUGCUGCUGAUGGGACUGGUGACAGCCAGAGGGUGGGCAAGGAGUGGAAGGAGGGGGAUGGGGUGAGAGCGGUAAGUGACACCAACCCAGGAAUCAGUGGUGAGGUACAGGAAAAGGAGCCUGGUUCUUCUGGUGUCACUGGUGGGGAGAAGGAAGCGGCAGCGAUAGUGGGGGAGCAGCAGGCAGUGGUUACAGGGACGGUGGGAGAGCAGGCAGUGGUGGCAGCAGCAGGGGAGGAUGGCAUGGGUGUGGCAUUCAAGGAGACGGGCGAUGGUGCAGUGGAGCUGUGGUGGUGGCAGGUGGACGGGUGGGAUAUGGGCGAGCAGAAAGAGGGCGGUCGAGGGUAG